UAAGAUUGCCCAAAACAAAAUAAAAAAAUGUGGAGGUGGGGGUGGGGGGGUAGGUUCCUUGCACGCCUUCACCAUCAUCAAAACAGAGUCUUCAAAAUUCCACUUCAUUUAUCUCACUCCUCAAUCCAAUCCAAUCCUAAAAUCUUCCCUUCAACCUCCAAUUUCCGCCAUUAAUGGGGAACUGCCUUUCUUCUUCUUCAACCCCUCCCACCCUUCCCAUCGAUUCCAAAUUCUCUUUCCCUUCCCCCCAUCUAGCAACCCAUUCCGAAACCAACACAGUUAAUGGAGGAUUUGCUUCGGGCACCAUCGACCUCGGCGGCGGUCUCCAUGUCUGCCAAAUUUCCUCUUUCAACAAAAUUUGGGCUGCUCGUCAAGGUGGCCCGGACAAUCUCGGAGCCACAUUCUUCGAACCCAAUUCACUUCCGGAAGGAUUCUUUGUUUUGGGCUAUUUUUGUCAAUCAAAUAAAAACGCUCUGUUCGGAUCUGUUCUCGCCGGAAAAGAUAACGGGUCUGACGGGGAAGACGCUUUAAAGAAGCCUGUGGAUUAUACUUUGGUAUGGAGCACAGAGUCAUCGAAGAUUAAGCGAGACGGUAACGGCUACAUAUGGUCGCCGACGCCGCCAGAUGGAUACAGAGCUGUUGGGCACGUCGUCACAGCCUCGCCGGAGAAACCUUCUGUUGACAAAAUCCGGUGUGUUCGUUCGGAAUUGACGGAGGAAUGCGAGAAUGAAGCAUGGAUUUGGGGGCCCAUGAAAUCGAGAGACGAAAAUGGGUUUAAUAUUUAUAGUUCCAGACCCAAAAACAGAGGAAUUACAGGGACAGGAGUUUCCACCGGAGGUUUUUUAGCUCUGCCGGCACCAACAACGGGAAAUUCUCCUUUACCUCAGUUGUUCUGCUUGAAGAAUUUGAAUUCUAUCUCUGCAGCUAUGCCGGAUUUAUCCCAAAUUGAUUCUUUAUAUCAAGCUUAUUCUCCAAUUAUUUACUUCCAUCCAAAAGAAAAAUAUCUCCCGUCGUCAGUGGACUGGUUUUUCUCCAACGGGGCUCUGUUGUAUGAUAAAUCCAACGAGUCAAAUCCAGUUCCGAUCAACCCGGACGGUUUGAAUCUUCCUCAAGGGGGAUCAAAUGAUGGACAAUUCUGGCUAAAUCUUCCCACCGACGAGGAAGAAAAAGAGAAAUUGAAAAAAGGUGAUUUACAGAGCUGUAGAGGUUAUCUCCAUGUGAAGCCGAUGAUCGGAGGAACUUUCACCGAUAUAGCAACAUGGAUUUUCUUCCCCUUCAAUGGACCAGCGACAGCAAAGGUCGGAAUAAUCGACAUUCCAUUCACAAAGAUUGGUGAACACAUAGGAGACUGGGAGCACAUUACUUUACGAAUAAGCAAUUUCACCGGGGAGCUCCGACGAGUUUACUUCGCACAGCAUAGUAAAGGUGAGUGGGUCGAUCCGCCGUCGCUAGGGUUUGAGAAGGGGAACAAAGUGGUGGCUUAUUCGUCGUUGAACGGCCAUGCGUCGUACUCGAAGCCUGGGCUGGUGUUGCAGGGCGCGGCAGAGAUCGGAAUUCGUAACGAGACGGCAAAGAGUGGAUUGGUGGUUGACACCGGAACAAAUUACUUGGUAAUUGGAGCGGAGUAUUUGGAGGGGGCGGUAGUGGAGCCGGCGUGGGUAAAUUACACAAGGGAAUGGGGGCCGAGAAUUGAAUAUCCGAUCGUGGAGGAGAUUGAAAAAGUGGAGAAUUUGCUGCCGGGGAGGUUGAAGGAAGGAUUCAGAGGAUUUGUAAAAAAAUUGCCGGAUGAAAUUCGUGGAGAAGAAGGUCCUACCGGACCCAAAAUGAAGAACAGUUGGAAUGGAGACGAACCCUAAUUCAAAAUUUUAUGUUUAAUUUCCAUUUUAGUUACUAUUAUUUGUACUUUCGAUUUCAAUUCGUUUAUUGGAACUUGAUUGAAAAACUUUCCACUUAUGUUAAACUGAACCCAAUUUAAUUCACAUCCUAUCUGCACUAUCAAUUUCAAAUUAAUAUUCAAAGUACCAAUAUAGAAAUAAGAUAUCAACUCUA